CGAGCAACAAGGAACGAAAAGAGAAAUGGCCACCCCACGGUUGGCCACCCACGGCACAGGGGCUAUGGCAGCGGCGGCCGUGUGGGUGCCCGGGGGCCGGAACCCCGGCAGCCCAGCUCGGGAGCUCAGCGCCGGGACCCGCGGGGCUGCGGGGACACCGACACAUUUGGAGUGCUGGGCUUGGAACCGGGAACUGGUUCCCUCCGCGAGGGAAAUGGAACACCCUGUCACGGAGGGGGGAACACGCACGGAGCCGCGCACCGACCCCGGCAGAGGGUCCGACAGCAGCUCCCCGCGGGACCGCGCGGACCGACACCCGGUACCGGCGGGGCCGCGUGGACAGACACCCGGUACCGCCGGACCGACAGCCGGUACCGGCAGGGCCGCACGGACAGACACCCGGUACCGCCGGACCGACAGCCGGUACCGGCGGGGCCGCACGGACCGACACCUGGUACCGCCGGACCGACAGCCGGUACCGGCGGGGCCGCACGGACCGACACCCGGCACCCGCGGAUCGACACCCGGUGCCCGUGGAUCGACACCCGGUACCGCCGGACCGACACCUGGUACCGGCGGGGCCGCACGGACCGACACGCGGUACCGCCGGACCGACAGCCGGCACCCUCGGAUCGACAACCGGUACCGGCGGACCGAUACCCGGCACCCUCGGAUCGACACCCGGUACCGCCGGACCGACAGCCGGCACCCGCGGAUCGACACGCGGUGCCCGCGGGGCCGCGGCGCCGCCUCCCGCCCGCGCCCGGCAGCGAACCGAGGGCAGCGAACCGGACAGCGGGGCGGUGCCGCCCGGCGCGGAAGCGGAAAGGGCGGGCGGUGGCGGCGCCUGGGGCGGUGUGGCCGGCGGCGGGGGGGAUCCGGUGGUCGGUCGGCCGGUCGUGGGCGGGGGGGAUCCGGUGGUCGGUCGCUCGGCCGGUCGUGGGCGGGUGGCUCGCCCCCCCGGGCAGCCCGGCAUGGCGGAAGCGGAGGCGGCCGGCGACGCGGGGCCGGGUCCGGGCGCAGCCCAGGAGGGCGCGGAGCUCGCGGCCGUGAUCGGCGCCACCGUGCCCACGGGCUUCGAGCAGACGGCGGCCGAGGAGGUGCAGGAGAAGCUGGGCUCGGCCUCCAGGAUCAGCAGGGAUCGGGGCAAGAUCUACUUCGAGGUCCCGGCCCGGAGCCUGCCUCAGGUCCAUCGUCUGAGGUCAGUGGAUAAUUUAUUUGUUGUUGUUCAGGAAUUCAAAGACUAUCAAUUUAAGGAAAAUAAGGAAGAUGCUCUAAAGGAUUUGGAAGAUUUGGUUAAAAAGCUGCCCUGGACCGAUCCAUUGAAAGUUUGGGAGUUGAACAACAGCUUGAAAAAGAGAAAGACAAAGCGCAAAAAACACAAUCUGCAGAGUCCUGCAAGCAGAGGGAAGCUGAGUGAUGGUGGAGAAGAGGGAGGAGCAGACCAACACAGCACUAGUGACCAGGAGGACUGUGUCCAAAACCCUGUGGCUGUGGAACCCACUGGUGGCCAGGAUGCAGAGAAUCCCCAAGGAGUGGCAUCCAGAAAUGGGGUGGAGGAGGAGGAGGAAGAUAACGAGCAGUCAGAUGUGAAAGUUGAAGAGCAGAUGAGUUCUGAGAGUGGGACCAAGGCUGGCGACGGUCAGACAGGUGAAGGAGAGGCGAAGGUGCUGAGGUUCCGGGUGACGUGCAACAGAGCUGGAGACAAGCACAGCUUCACGUCCAACGAGGCCGCAAGAGACUUCGGUGGAGCCGUGCAAGAGCACUUCCACUGGAAAGCUGACAUGACCAAUUUUGAUGUGGAGGUUCUUCUGAAUAUUCACAACAACGAGGUUGUGGUGGGGAUUGCAUUAACUGAAGAGAGUCUCCACAGACGGAACAUCACACACUUCGGACCCACAACGCUGCGUUCCACGCUGGCUUACGGCAUGCUCAGACUCUGUGAUCCCCAGCCCACAGAUAUCAUAGUUGAUCCCAUGUGUGGUACAGGUGCGAUACCAAUAGAGGGAGCUGCAGAAUGGCCCUACUGCUACCACAUUGCAGGGGAUAACAGCCCUCAGGCAGUGAAGAGAGCAGCAAACAACAUCAGCUCCUUACUGAGGAAAAACGAGAGUAAGGACAGCGCUGCCCUGGGCGUUCCCUUGGACGUCAUCCAGUGGGACAUCUGCAACCUGCCUCUGCGGACGGGCUCUGUGGACAUCGUGGUGACAGACAUGCCCUUCGGGAAGAGGAUAGGGUCGAAGAAGAAGAACUGGGAUCUCUACCCAGCUUGCCUGAUGGAGAUGGGCCGGAUCUGCACCCCAGGGACAGGCAGGGCUGUGCUGCUUACCCAGGACAAGAAAUGCUUUGCCAAGGCCUUGUCCCGCGUGGGACACAUCUGGCGCAGGGCUCAGACCGUGUGGGUGAACGUGGGGGGACUCCACGCGGCAGUGUAUCUGCUGAGGCGCACCUGGGAGAGCCCAGACGAGACAAGGGCCUGCUGGUAAACUGCGUGGGAGAAGACGAGAGACGCCUCUGGACUUUGUUCAAUAGCCAGCUGGUAAAGCAGACACCUGAGAGCAUAGUCUGUCAGCUUCAAAACCAAACAACCUGCGAGAAACUGUCACACAAAUAACAAACAAAGGGAUCAACUUGAGAGCCUCCAGUUCUACUGUGUGUUCUGAAACCUUAUUACUUAAAUCACCUCUGCUCCCUUCCACCCAAACUGAAAUUCAUUAGUGGAAUUAGUAAUUCUUUCCUUGAAUCUGCUCUUGUAUUUUUCAGUUAGACAUUUAUUUUUUCUGCUUACAGUGGAAAACACGUUGAGGCAGCUCUGGGUGUAACAGUUAAUUUAUUUACCAAGCUGUAUCUUCAAAUGACUAACAGUACUACUAAGACAGUCACCUUAAAGGGUUCAGAGUAGUUUUCUAAUUUAUACCAUUGCUCAAAUGUAAACUAAUAAUAAACCAGUAUCUGGUUUUUGCGGUCUGAUAAACAAAUUCCACUUGGCAAACAGUGUGGUGUGCUACUGGUUCUCUUGCCUGUUACCUUACCUUAGGGCUAAUUACCAGUAAAUGUUUGAUCUGUGUUUUAGUGUUCUAUUGCUGUGGGUGAGGCGGUAACACACAACCCUAGAAAACAGUCCGUAGUUACUAUUUGAGGUUCUUCUAGCAGUUAUAUUAAGAAGUUCAUGGUUUUGGUGUUUACCAUGGAUGCAUCAAGGUGGCAAUUUGAAUUUCUUUGGUAAUUUAACUACCACAGCUAUGCUGCCACAGUAUUCACAAAAAUAUUGUUGCAAAUAUUUUUUUCUUCUGUGACCAUACUAUGAUUUCUCAGACCUCUCACUGUGCUCAUCAGAGGCUGAAAACAAAUUGCCAGUUUGCCCUUUCCAUUACAGUGUGUUCAUGCUAAGUAUGUGUAACUGUUCAGAGGUGAAUUAACAAGUAUUAAAGUUUUAGAAGUUUUGCAUAGA